AUGGCAGAGAGGCUAGAAAAGGAAAUCGAUAUCGAGUUGGAGACUAGCUUCAACAAAUCGCUUGAAUUGGACAAGUCGUAUGAGGAGUUGGAAGAAUCAAAAAACCGUCUCAAGGUCCUAACGGAUGUUAUGGAGGACGUGCUUGAUGAGGUCCAGGACAACGAAACAAAAGAAGGAAGUAAGGAAGAAAGUGAAUAA